GUGCUGUUAAGUAGGGUCGCCAUGGAUAGAUGCUUAGGGAGGGUCAAGGGGGAUUCACCUCCCCGUUUUAGCCAAUGUACACGCACUUAAGAUAAGUGUCCUCUUAUCGUCACUAAUUAAGUAAGUAUCAGCUGUCUUUUUUCCCAAGCGAUCGACAAGAUAGUAGUUCUGAACCUCCCCCCUCUUGACUGUUCCCCUAUCUCAUCCCACUUUCGUUUUGCCAUGGCUUGAUUCUGUUAUCAGUUAAACUCUGUGUCUCCUAUCUCGGGAGGUUGUGGGGACUCGUCAAGGCUAGCACGGGACACGAAAGACAAAAACUUCAGCCUAGACUGUCCCGCCUACCUAAUCAUUCGCAAAAAAUAACAGCUGUCAUAUCCCCACAAGUUAAAAAGAUUGGAGUUUUUUUUAGAAACAUGAGUUGAAAACAUAAAAUAGUCUAAGUAGGUAUUCAGAUAUACUAGUGUCUAGAUCUUUUCUUGAAGUAUUGUUGGCAGAUCAUCCUUUGUAAAUAUGUUCAGCAGUUGCACAGAUGAAUUAUAGGUAGCAGUAGAGUCAUUAAUUUACAAUGGAAUCCAUUCUCCAUUAUACAUCAGUCAGUCACUCCGACAAUUUGAUGAGUACCAUCAAUAAAAUGAGACUCGACACAGAUUUGUGUGAUGUGACUAUAGUGAUUGGCAAUUUUCGUAUCAUGGCCCAUAAGCUAGUAUUGUCUGCUUCAGCCCCAUUUUUCUAUGAGAUGUUUAAACCUUGCGAGACAAUGAAAACAAAUUCUGAAUAUCAUUUACAAGAGGUGGACGAGAUUUCAGCCCUGAAGAUAAUUGAGUUCUGCUACACAUCUGCAAUUUCUUUGGAUGAAGAGACUGCCUGGCCACUGUUAUUAGCUGCCAGGAAGUUUGGGUGUUCAGAAAUAACCAACUUGUGUUGUGAAUUUAUGACAUCAGCCCUUAAUCUAUCCACCUGUAUACAAACUCACUUGGAGGCCCACAGACAUAGUUGUGUCAGCAUGCUAAGCAGUACAAGCCAGUUUAUAAAUGACAAUUACAAAAAGUUGAAAAGUCAUUGUUCAGUUCUGAGCUUGCCAUCUAGUGAUCUGAUGGAACUGAUGAGCACCUUGAAGAAUGCUCCUUCAAUACCAACAAUGCUUCACUUGAAGUUUGCUGAGUCCUGGCUUCAGCACAAUAGUAGAGUCCGACAGCUGACAGCAAUGAUGUUAAUCCAAGAAUUCCCAGAAUUGUCAGAUGAUCUUUAUCAUUACCUCACAAUAAAUAAACAAGUUAGCAGUCAGCAAGAACUUCUUGGCAAUGAGCUAUCUAGACAAAGUCCAUCUAUUGACCAUACAAACUUGAAUGACCAGAGUGUUCCCCUUCAUAUCUGCGUGUCAUGUGGGGAUGCCUUUGUUAGCCAGCAGCAACUGUCAUCUCAUGAAAAGGUAUGUGAUGAGUCAGUCAGACCUUCCUCCUCCAGCACGCAACACAGUCAAAAGUCUUUGAUCUCCAACAGCGAUGAUACAGAUUCUGAAAGAAAAAAAAACGUCAAUCAGCCAGAUUUAGAAAAUAAGUCAUCCACCUCUGUCGUACAGUUUGAAAGUUUAUCUGCCGCCCCAAACCCUGCAGAACUUUGCAAUGGUGGGAAGGAUAAUGUAAAAACAAAUUCAGCACUGGAAUAUAAAUCUGACAGUAUGUGUGGCAGUCUUGAUGCAAAUGCUCCGGAGCCAUGUGUAUCAACUUUGAAUGAUACAAAUAAUAAUGACAUCUCUGUCGAUGACACUGAUGAUAUCAGUGAAGAAAUCGACGUUGUUAAUGACACUGAUGAAAAGGAAGUCAGCGGUGAUCAAUGCUUUAAGAUGAACUUUCUCUGUGACACUAACUUUGAUUCCAACUUUACAUUGAAAUGUCAGAUUUGCGAGCGGACGUUUACAGAGAGAAAGAUGCUAUCCAAUCAUUGGAAAUGUAUGCAUGGCAUAAAAGAGGAAAUAAAAGAAAAUAGCAACAGCCAAACCUCCGACAAAGAUGACUCGGGUAUAGCUGAUGAUAGUGAUCAUCUUCAGGACCAGCUAGCACAAAGCAAAAAGCCAAGGCUUGAAGAGGAGGAGACAUUGAAAAAGCAAGAUUUGUCAGACAUUACUGGCUUCAUGCAAUCUGAUUUACUUAAGCAGUAUCUUCAGCAGUACAAUGAUUUUACUAGAUGGUAUAUGGAGCAAGGACAGACAUGUCAGAUAUGCUCGAUGUAUCAUGCAAAGGGGUCAAUCUGUCCUAUAAACAUACAGAUGAACAAUAAACAGGCUAGUGGUAUGCAAAAUGUGGAGGCAGGUAGCGAGGAUAGUUUUGAGACAUUGACACUGGAGUCCAAAAAAUUUAAGCAGGACACCUGUAAGGUGGAGGAAGGUCCUCUAGAUAUGAGCAAGCAUUCCUCAGAGUAUCCCAAUAACUCUAGUGUGAACUCAUUGAAUAAAGGUCAAAGUGGCAGUUCUAGCCAUAGUCCUUAUUUUCCUUCCCCUAUGGAUAUCUCACAAUACUAUAGUAGCUUAGGUCAAAUCAUGGCCACUGCCCAAAGUCAUUCAUCUGAAAAGGGAGAGUAUAGCUUCUUGCAUCCUGGGGUCAAGCCCUAUCUCAGUUAUCCCCCUUCUUCCCCGUUUUCAAUGAGCUUUGAUCCCAACAUUGAGGCUUCCGGCUAUGGUUCUCAAAGUAUUGACAGAAGUUCUCCUAUGGAAUCUUUAAUGUCAUUGCACCACAAGAAGAAGGUAUCACCCAGACAGCGGCUUUUUCCAUGUACAGUAUGCAAUAGGGUUUUCUCCUACCAAGCUGCCCUGUUCACUCACAUGCGGACACAUUCCCCGUCAGUUCAGACCUAUCAGUGUUCACAGUGUCACCAAAGUUUCACCAAUGCACAAGAGCUCAAGGUCCAUUUGUGCCCUAAUGGAAUAGAAAAACCCUACACCUGCUCAAGCUGUGGUCAGACUUUUGCCAAAAACAUUCACCUGAAGCGUCAUCUUGCCACCCACUCUGGGCUCAAGCCCUAUCCUUGUUGGGUUUGUGGGAAACGCUUUAGCCGCAGUGAUCAUCUCAAGAGACACACCCAGAGCAUUCAUGCGGGGUCACGCCCUCACGGGUGCCAGGUUUGCGGCAAGGAGUUUGUCAGGAAGUAUGAGCUUAACAAACAUCUUUUGAGUCAUAACAUUGACAGCACGAGUACCAACUCUGGUAUGUUAGAUUUAAGCCAGUCUGUCCAUCAACAAACUCUUCCAAGUAAAGACUAGUAGUUAACUAGUUUUAGUAAUUUAAGAAAUAUUUUUUCAAGUGUCAAUUUCUUUAAAAUAUUAAUUCUUAAAUAAGACCAACUGUACCCAUUUAUUUCAAAAUCCACAAGCAUGGAUGUAGAGUUUGCAUAAAUAUAAAGCUUCAAAUAGAAUUUUUCAGAUACUAACAUGGAGUUGAAAUUCUGUUAAUUUAUAAUAAAAUUGUUGAUAAAUGAAAUUAGGAAAAACUUCUGAAGACACUUUGUUAUAAUGAAAUGGUUCAUUUAUUAACAAUGUGUUUGACAGUUUGUAGUAAAUUUUAUUUUUUUACAGAAAUUGUUUUCAUUUUACCUGUUUAUAUUUUCACAUUAUGGUUUGAAUCAAAUUGACAAAAUUAUCCACCUUUAAAGCCUUCAUAGAAAGUGUUUUCCACAACGAAAAUGUUAUUUAUUGCAUUAAUUGUUGUAACAGUUUUGUUGAUAUUUUGUCACCAUUUGUGCUACUCAUCUUUCCAUUUUAUGCUUUUGGAACACUAGUCAUCGUCUUAAUUAAUGUUCUUAAUGUAUUCAUGAGUAUUUGCUCUGAACACGCAGUUUAAGUAUUAGAGUCAGACAUCAUCAUAGUUAUAGUGUGCUCUCUUCUAGUCUCUACUGAUUAAAGAAUCAGAUUGAUGUCAAUAUAGAUUUAUCAAUGUGUUUCUUUUAUGUGCUUUAGACUUUACACAUUGAUGUAGAAAAAUAUGUACACACCUAGCAGAUUAUAUUUUGUAUUUGUAGCAUGAAGUGAUAAGUGAUACUAUUUUGUAUGGAGAUUAGGAACCUUUUUUUUAAUUUCAAGGUAUUAAAUAAUUAGAACAGCAUCAAACAAAACAAAUCAUUACAUUGAAAUAUCUGAAAGUCUCUGCAGCCUAUGAAAUAGUUACAAUUAUUUUAAAAUUAAUUUGUACACACCCUCCCAAGAUCAAAUCUAACAUAAAGGCCUUCCCAGAUUGGUACUUUAUAACAACCUUCCCAUCCAAAUAAGCUUUCUCAGAUCUAAGUUCCUUCCUCUGCAAGACAAUAAGUGAUUAGAUGAAAAUACUGAGCCUUAUUGUUGAUUUGAUACAUUUGUAUUUUUGCUCCAACUUAGAACAGUUAAUUUAAAGCUUGCCAAAAUUAAAGGAUGUAACUAACUCGUGCAGAGCUUUAAUUAAAUCAUUUUCUUUACUUAUUCAUUUACCUGAUGCAUUUUUCUUUCUAAAAUUUGGUCUAUAUAACAAAAUGCUGACAGUAGCUUGACUAGAUUGAUUUAGCUCAUAGAUCUAGUAGCCUACUCACAUACAAUCUAAUUUGUAUUCUGUUUUCUGGUGCAAUUGACUAAGAUAUGAAAAAUCAUGGCACUCUGGGCUAUCUUGUGUUAAAAAGAAUCUAAAAUAGUUCAGUAUAGAGGUGCAAUAAUAUGUUAGUGUCUUUUGCUGACGAAGUCAUUCUACAUGCUUAUUACCUCAAUGUUUUUUUUGUUUUUUUUUUCAAAUCUGAUAUACUUCAUUCAUCGCCAGUGCUUACCUCAUAUAUAAAUCCAAAGCUUUAUGGCUUGUUCAGUUAUGAAAAUACUCUAGACAAGUGAAUAAACUCAGUGCGCCAAUGUGAUAUCACUUGUGUCCCAUUGCCUCAAGUAUUAAGUUAUUUAUGAUGUUUAUCAAGAAUUGUGAUAGAACUAUAUCUUGUGAACAUUGCCAACUUGUCUAAUAUGCUUUCAAAUGUAUUUGCAGAUUUGUUUUUUUUUCUCCAUACGGUCAUUGUUUUUCUGUGUUUAACCUUUGAACUUGUGAUUAGCAUACAGUACCUGUUAAGUACAUGUUAAUUUUUAUAGUUUAAUUGUGCAACCAUUGAGCAUUUUAAAAUGCAUAAUAAUCAAAAAUAUAAUUUUUUUUAGACAAUAGAAGUUUUACUUUAUAUAUAUUUCUCACUAGAUUUUUUUUUAUUGUUCAACCAAAUAAUCAGAAAAAAAUGUUUAUUUUUUCUAAGUAUAUUCUAAAAUAUUUGUGUUUCUUUUUUUGAAUGUAUAUAAUCUUAUUGUUAUUAAUCUUCCUCUUCUUCUAGUCAUAAAAUUUUUUAUUUUAAACUGUUAUUUGGAUUUAAAAUUAAAAUUAUUAACUAAUGCCAUUCAAAUAUCAAUUUUAAUUCUUGUCAUAUUAUUAUGAAUUUUAAAAUAUUCAUUUCUUGUCAUUCUGCUAUUCAGGUUAUGAUUAAUAAUAUUUUUUUUAUGAAAAACAAAAGUUUUAUGGGCAGAGUACAUCUAUGUCAUAUUUGGUUACUUAUAAUGCUUCCAAAGAAAAUAGUUCUGCAUUGUCCAUUUUAUUUGCAUUCUAUUUACUGUUUUAAGAUGAAUAUAUUAUUGAGCUCUCUAUUUUUUUUAAACUUCAAGCUUUGUUUGAUUUGGCUUUGUUUUUUUUUUAAACAUUUUAAAAAUGUAUUUCUACUCAAUCUACAUUUUUUGCUGAAUUAGUUUAAAUCAAUUACUUAGUUUGAAAACUAGUUUAUGAUUAGUUUAAAUCAAUUAAUUAGUUUGAAAACUAGUGCAUGAUUAGUUUAAAGCAAUUAUUUAGUUUGAAAACUAAGAUGCAUUGUUUUGCAUUGGGAUUCAGUUUCUGGCUAAGCCACCUUUCUCUCUGUGCCAAAAUUAUGUAUUGUUGAUUACUGGUUUUAUUUUAGAUUGAACAUUAAAUUAUGAUUUUUGUUUGCUAAAUAGGGUCUCAGCCUUAUAUCCAUUCAAAUCCUUUGUUUUCCAUGGAAUUUCGAUACCAUUCUUAAUAGGAGUGAAGUUGAUGUGUUUGGUAGUUUGUUCUGUAAUUAAACUGAUACACACUUAAUAGUAAAAACAAUUCAAGCUCAAGAGACAAUUCAAGUCUCUAGAAUUAUUUAAAUGCAGACUCCUAUAAAAUGCUUGCCUCCAGUGACCAGAUCAGUUUUACUUGCCAAUAUGUUGAUGUCCGAAUGGGGGCUUUAUUUAUAACUAAUCAAAGGACUCUCAAUUAAUCCAUUGUCUAUUUCUUCAACCGCAGUUUGAAUUUCAUCAUUAUUUAUUCAUUUUACUUUCUACCUAUGUAUGAUGCUUUGAUUCUAAUCGGUGCUGUUAUAAGCACCAAAGCCCAAUGAUGGUGUGCUAUUAUAAUGAGCAAUGUAACUAGCUUAUUUCACAACAUUUUCCCCCUGAUAAUUCAAAAUGAAAUCUUUUGAAAUUCCUUGAUUAAUUUUCAGUUUAUAUAUAUUAUUGUGCAUCAUGAAGGCCAAAUAAAAAUUCCCUAUACAUUUUAGGCACAGGGAACUUUAAUUUGGCAGUGGUAUGAUUCUGGCUUUGUUAACCAGUCAGUAGUAAAAAGCAGAGACUAAUAUCGUUUUUGUUUUCUUACUCUGUAAGAUUUGCACACACCACCUACAAGUUUUUCACACUUUGAACUAAGUUGAACUCUUCACCUCACACCAUGGAACUAGUGCUAACCUGUUUUGUGUCAUUUCACAAAUUAGAAUGUCAUCUUUUUUAAAUGAAUACAAAGAAAAGCAAAUGGGCUUUAACUUCCUCUCUUCUUCUGAGUUUCUUUUGAUGGAAGACAUUCUAGGAGCAAUUAUUAUUAUAAUUCAUAUGAUAAGGUAGUAGCUUAUGAGAUCUAUUAUUUUACCAUGAAACAACACAGCAGAUAUCUCCAUUGUAUUGUAGCUUAAUAUCAAAAUGAAUUUGAGAAGAAUUGUCGUGAAUGUUUUACAUUUCUUGUUUAUGUGGUUUCAUUAUUUUUUUUUUCAAGUAUCAUAUCACUUAUUAAAGUAAACACACCACAUUGGGACUGCAUUGCUUGUUGUCUGAAUACAGAAUAUUUGUACAAUGUGACACAUUCUCUCAAAUUUAAGAAGUGUUUAUGUUCUGAUGGAUACAAAUGGGUCUAGUUGACUGCCUCUUAGAUACACUUUGGUCUAGUUGACUGCCUCUUAGAUACACUUUGGUCUAGUUGACUGCCUCCUUCUGUAAAACCAUACUGAAUUUUCACAUUGACACCCAAUGGUCUAAUGAAUGUAAUAAUGUUUGAGAGAGUUAGAUUUGACAAGCUCACCAUCUCCCCCGCUCCCAUUAAAAGACUGCCAACCAGUGGUGCAUUAGUCUCCAGUACACAUGUCCAGUAUAUGACUAACCAGAUCCCCCCCCCUCCAACCCAUUGUUUAGUAUUUGAUUGACAUAUUUGUCAAGGUUUGCAUCAUCCUCCAUAAAAGUUGUGGUUUGCUCUCUGGAGUGUGGUCCCAGCUUCACUUCUGAAGGACGUCUGCAAUUUACAAGUCUUGUCGACCUUGACCUACUGUUCAGGGCAUGUUGGAAAGAGGCUUGUGUUCCCAGUUUAAAACUUGGCAUGUUACUUUCUUGCUUGUGGUAUUGUAAUUUAUUAUGUAAAUAUGAUUUGCUCAAUCAGUAUUGUUAAAUCAUUUAUAGCCUUUUUAUUAACGCUACAUUCCUUUGUGUUGAACUUUGACCUUUGUUACCAAAGUAACAUCUGUGUUCCUUGUUUGGUUUUGUUGCUAUUUAUUCAGUAUUACUCAAUGACUUCACCAAUUCUUUUUCUUUACUGUUUUUUUAGGAUUAAAUCAAAUAUCUAUCAAA